AUGUCUAGUGAUUUAGAUGAAAAAGAAGAAAACUCUAUAGAGAAGAAGGAUCAAUAUAUAGACAUAGUAAAUAUAGAUGAUCUGGACUCUGAUGAUGAGACCAUUGGUAAAAGACUGGCUCCAGGAAUAGCUAAAAGGUUAAAGAACAUAAAAGGUAAAGCAAUUGAAUCCUCCAGUACGCCCUUAAAAUCUCUCAGGAGAAGAACUAGUGUUGGCCCUACAAAAGGUUGGAGAAAGGUAGUUACUCAUGUUUCCAAGAAGAAAUAUCUUAAGAGGAAGGAAGUCCCUUAUGAGUCUAGUGAAUCUGAUCAUGAUGUCGAACACAAUGUUCAAGACAUCAUCUCUUCUACAAGAAAGAAAUCUUAUGUGAAGAAGAUUCCAGCAAAUAUUCCUGAAGUUCCAAUCAACAACAUCUCCUUUCACUCCGUGGAGAAUGAUUGUGAUAACAAAAGGAGCAAGGAGUUUAGAAAAGUGUAUGCAAGAGGAAGGUGUGUGGAUUUCUCUCCUGAUGUCAUAAAUAGGUUUUUGGGAAGAAAUGAAGAAGAAAACAUUGAAGUGGAAGUUUUUGACAAUGUCAUUUAUGGAGAGAUUACGACUAAACAACUGAAGGAAUGGCCAAGGAAAGGGAAGUUGUCAACAAGUUACUUAAGUGUGAAGUAUCCAGUACUUCACAGAAUUGGAGCUGUAAUUUGGGUGCCAACUAAUCACACUUCUAACAUUGCUACUGGAUUGGGUAAGUUUAUUUAUAUUGUAGGUGCCAAGACAUAG